AUGGCUCUGCCUCAAGACCAUCAAGAGCCAGCGCAGACUCCAUUCACCAUUCCCGAGAUCUUCACACACAUCCUCGAGUACCUGCAACCACUCGAUCUCCUCAAAGCGACCGGCAUCAACCGUACAGCCCGCGAUCUUGUCCACACCACACCAGAUCUUCACCGUGCGAUGGGAACGACUGCGCAACCGGGAAGUGAUUCCAGGAUCCCUCUCAUCGGCGACUCAACGUUGAAGUACAUACAGAACGGCGGCAUCACCCUCGGGGAGUCUCUUGGGCGAAAGCUGAAACUGAAGAUGAGCUCAGCGCCUUGGCAGUGUGACGUUGGUCUCAACUUGGGAUGCACAGAGGGCAGGGGUGCUCUACCGGUACAGCUCCUUAAGGCAGCAGGUCUAGGCCGGAAAAUGCUUCUAUGCAUCCCACCAAUCACGGCAGUGGACAUCUUUUUGCUUCGUCGCCACACAAAGGGACUUGGCCAGGAAGGAAGGGUCGAAAGCGACGAGGAAUGCCUAUACUCGAGCGAGGUUCGAUGGGUGACCUCGAGCACAGGUGUCACGAUCGGCGACAUCGUGGACGCUGCAGUGGAGUUACACAGGGAGCAUUCGAAGAAGACGGUCUACGCGAAGGAGACGCCGUGGUCCGGAAUGGACGACAGCAUCUGUCCUGGGGAUGCGCUGCCGUGGUUCAGUCUCAGGAUUCAGCUCGGGCUGGCGGAGGCCGAACCGCUUGUGGCCGAGUAG